AUUCCUGAUUCACUGAUUUGACGCUGACUGCUGUGGGCGGGCUCAGCUUAGAAAAUUAUAAGGUCAUUUGAAUUACGAGUGCCUGUGAACUCGCCGGUUACAAUGGAUCGAAGGAUAAUAUCAAUUAUUGUGGGCCUGGGCGGAUGAUGAUCGCGGGGUCAAAGUCGACGCGCAUCGCUCGGGCAUUUUCUCAGCAGCAGCAGCGGGAGGUCGUUGCGGGGUUGACGACAGGAGAGCCCAGUGCGAGCGUCUGCCUGGGUGCGUUUUUCUAUCUAGCCGGAGGGAGCGACCAGGCUGGCCUGUAAGCCGAUCAAGGUGGAAUCUCCCACAUCGAGUUUUACGUUCGGAUUGCUGCCCACCUACGUGCUGUAGCAGUGAAAAGAAGGGGGCAAGAGUACUGUUCAGUCCAUUAUCUGAAAAUGGAAACGAAGAGCACAACUGCAAACCUGUCAAGACAUGGUCGGCCAACUACACAGACAGGACGGGCAAGGAUGAUGCGUCUGGCAUGUUGCACAGUGCUGUUGUUUGUGUUAAAGCUGCUGGUGGGCCUACCAUGGUACCAGGUUCUUCCAGCCAUCUUGAUCUUCUAUCUUGGAAGUGGAGGAUGGAGCUUUCUGGAUAUUGUUGCCAAAACGAUUGGCAGAGAUCUACAUGCUGCCUAUGUGUUACUGCGCGUGAAGCUAAAUGUCAAGCGCCACGUCAGAGAGAAGAACACUAUUCCUAAGAUCUUUGCGGAAACUGUGCAGCGCCAUGGGGACAAAACUGCUCUCAUCUUUGAGGGGACCGGAGAGCGGUGGACUUUCCGACAGUUGGAUGAAUACUCUAACCGAGUGGCCAACUUGCUGCUGGAUCGUGGUUUUAAGGAAGGCGAUGUGGUGGCCCUUUUCAUGGAGAACAGAUCCCAGUAUGUCGGGCUCUGGUUGGGCAUGGCUAAAAUCGGAGUCGAAGCGGCUCUCAUCAACUUUAACUUGAGACUAGAAGCUCUGGUCCACUGCGUUACCAUCUCCAAUGCCAAGGCUGUGGUGUUUGGUUCAGAGCUUUCUGAUGCGGUCUCUGAGGUCCACAGUUCAAUGAGGAAGGCAGUUCUGAUGUUUUGCUCUGGAGACUGGGACCCCAAACGAGUACCGCAGGGAACCGAGUGCUUGGAGCCCCUGGUGGCUAGCGCCUCGUCUCGCCUGCCUCGACGGCCACAGUGUUGCUUCACAGAUCGCCUGUUUUAUAUCUACACAUCAGGAACCACAGGGAUGCCUAAAGCUGCGAUUGUUGUGCACAGCAGAUACUACCGCAUGGCAGCUUUGGUAUAUUAUGGCUUUAGGAUGACAUCAGACGAUGUCAUGUAUGACUGUCUCCCGCUGUAUCACUCUGCAGGAAACAUUGUGGGAGUGGGACAGUGCCUAAUACAUGGAAUGACUGUUGUCAUCAGAAAGAAGUUCUCUGCAUCGCGUUUCUGGGAUGACUGUGUCAAAUACAACUGCACUAUUGUGCAGUACAUUGGAGAGAUCUGCCGAUAUCUACUGAACCAGCCAGUUCGCGACACUGAGCGUCAGCAUCGGGUGCGCAUGGCGCUGGGCAACGGCCUGCGUCAGUCCAUAUGGGAGGAAUUCAUGAAGCGCUUCAAUAUCCCGCAGAUUGCAGAGUUUUACGGAGCCACCGAGUGCAACUGCAGCUUGGGCAACUUUGGAAACAAGGUUGGCGCAUGUGGCUUUAACAGCCAGAUUCUGCCCUUCAUCUAUCCCAUCAGACUGGUGAGGGUUGAUGAAGAGACCAUGGAGCUCAUAAGAGGACCUGAUGGAGUCUGCAUUCCUUGUAAACCUGGCGAGCCUGGCCAACUGGUUGGCAAGAUCAUUCAGAACGACCCCCUUCGCAGGUUUGAUGGCUACGUCAACCAAACGGCAACGAACAAGAAGAUUGCUGAUAGUGUCUUUAAGAAGGGCGACAGCGCCUAUCUUUCUGGUGACGUGCUGAUCAUGGAUAAGUAUGGCCACAUGUACUUCAAGGAUCGAACAGGAGACACUUUCCGGUGGAAAGGAGAGAAUGUCUCAACGACCGAGGUGGAAGGAACCUUAAGCAGGCUGCUAGAUAUGAAAGACGUGGUUGUUUAUGGAGUAGAAAUACCAGGAGCAGAGGGAAAGGCUGGAAUGGCAGCCAUUGCUGAUCCAUCCCAAUCCACUGACCUGGAGAAAUUUUUUAAGGACAUGGAGAAAGUUCUUCCUCCGUAUGCCAGACCUGUGUUUCUUCGCUUCCUUCCAGAAGUCAGCAAGACAGGAACGUUUAAAUUCCAGAAGACAGAGCUGCGUCGGGAUGGUUUUAAUCCCACUGCUGUAUCAGACAGACUGUUCUUCCUGGAUUCCAGCAGAGGCCGCUAUGUGCAGCUGGAUGAACAGCUGUACCGCUCCAUAGUGUCGGGGAAGCACAAAUUGUGACGGCCUGACUGACCACUACAUCAACUUGUGCACACACUGACAUGCAGACAUGUCAUGUAACAAAGAAAAAAAGGAUGAUAUUGCCUGCCCAGGUUACCUGAACAUAUACAUGGAUGCUAAUGUAAGAGCCAUAUGCUUCCUAAGGCCAAUGCACACACAUGCAUAUUUUACUCCCAAACCUACUUUGUUUUAUUAAAGUUCUAAAAAACAAGAGACAAUAUGGACAGCACGCCCAGAAGGAUACGCUCUGCUCCAUCCAUCACUGCUGAAAUCUCCCCAGCAACCCCCCUCGCUACCUCAGCAGACGAAAAGAGAGGCACAAACCACAGAAAACAGGUUCUUUCUGGAACUUGAACCAUUCUUUCAUUGCACCACUGUCCUUGAACACCCCUACCAACAUGUUUUCCCACCAAAAAAAAUGAAUACAUGCUGCCUGGAAUCCAGAAUGCAAAAUCUUGCAAAUGCAGCUUCAACACAAAUUUAAUAGGAUACUGAUAAGAACUGUAAAAUUGGUUCUGCACAUAAAGUGUGUGGAACAAUGAAGGGACCUUUGUGCGCCUGCGUUUUCUCAGUUAUUGUUAUCAUGUUGUGUUAUAGUGAGAUGAUUUUGUGAAAGAUGGCAUAUCUGCUUUUGACUUAACCUGCACAACAAGCCAGAAAGUGACAAACUUUGAUCACUUUCUCCAUCUGAGGUUCAGAUUAUCUGAAACAUUAGUCAUUCUGACCUUUUUGCUCUCCAAGGCAUCCAGGCAUUUCAAUUAAAAUGGAACAAUAUAAGAGCAGCUGGAAUGAACACAGGUGUUAAAUUAGACCAGUGGUUACAGCUUUAAUGUUCAAUAACGCUCCAGCAUCUGCAGUACAAUAUUCAGCUGCAAACCAUGAGAAUUUUUAUUUUAUUUAUUUAUUCAAAUAUGUCAGCAACAUACCAAAUAUUUUAAGUUGAUGUUUACAUAUUUUAGGUUAUAGUGAGAUUUUGGGGGGGGGGAUUAAGCUUGUAUUUGACCUUUUUCUGCUGUAUGUGCAUCCAAAUCCAUCCUUCAUUGGCUUCUGAAGACCAUCAAAACAAACUGUUGAUCGCAUUUUAUGUCAGCUGCUGGAACACAAAGUAAUGCAACAGGAUAAAGUCAACCCUGGGCUAAAUAAAGUAUUUUUCUGCUCUGCUUGCUGAACUAUUGUGGUUAUGUGGCCGUAUUGUGCAGGUUUUGUCUGAAAAGGUUGACUUUCCUCAUCUUGGGAUGUGCGUGUGUUUGUGUAUGUGUUCAUUUAAGCAUAUGAAAAAGGACCUGACUGAAGACAGGAGGAAUACCUGAUGAAUGAGGGCUUCAUUGGGCACCUAAGAGGGGGAUUAUACCACAGAUUCAAGAGAGCUGAUUGAUCCAAAGAUAUAAAACAGUGCAGGGAAGAUUUGCUGUCGAAGAGAAAAGUCCAAAAUUUGCUUAUGUUCAGUAUUGAUAAUUUGGGGCUUUUAAACAUUUAUUUAAACCACUUUUCUUUUCCAAAUUGGAAUUAUUAUCCAACAUACAACUUGAAUAAAGAAGAAUUGGGUGUGUAAAAUGUUGAAUUUAUGUUAGAUUAGCUCUAAUAAGCUCAGGAUCAAGGAUAUAGCUAUAAACGUAUAAAUACAUAUGUGCCCUUUUAAAUAUUUGGUUAAAUAUCCUUUUGCUACAUGUAGCUAAAUCACACACUUUGUGUAGCCAUCAGCAAGCUUCUGGCAUAAUUAUGUCAGAAUAUUUAACCACAGUUCCUUUAAAUCACUUGGUUUCCUGGGGCGGACCCGACUUUUAAACUUAGUCAAUACAUUUUCUAUAGAGGUGAGGUCAGGACUUUGGGAGGGCUUCGAGUCCCGACACUGGAAACCAACCAAUUUAAACUGGCUCUUCCAUUUCUGAUAAAAGUGGUUAGAUAUCCAGCCACAAUCAUGCCAGAAGCUUGUUAAUGGCGACAAGAAGCAUGUGAUUUCUGAAUACACGCAUAUAUUUAAAUAUGUGUAUUUUUGACCUGGUGUUGUCUGGGAGACAAAAUCCAUCAUAAAUUCAAAAUGGAGAAUCAAAUUUUUUUUUUUUAAACUAAAUAACCGAAAAAGAACUGGGCAAAUAAAUAUUUAGAUGUCAUAAAUUAAUUGCAUUUAAUUCUGCAAUGAGUGUAUGUAAACUUCUCACUGGAAAUGUUCUUUCUAGUUAAGGUUACUGCCCAUCGCUUACAGUUGCUUUCAGCAAUGAAUGAGCAUCAUCAACCACAUGCAGAGCACUGUGCCCAGAUCCACUGGGCCUGAUCCUCACAUUUUAAUCUGAGGUUUCAGCAUGUCUUCCUUCUUUCAGCUUCAGUCUAUUUUGAUCUCAUUUCUGAAUACCAGCGGUGUCCACCAUAGAAACUUGGCUACAGCUGUUAACCUUUUAGUCUUUUAAAAUGAUCUGCAUUAACCAAGUGGGUGGUGUCUUCAUCCUGCCAAAAGCACGAAGAAUUUAUCUCCUAAACACACUCCUUUUAAGAUUUUAGCCUUAACUUCAACUUUAUUUUUGUUUGCGUGUUCCAUCGUCUUGCUUUUCUGUCCGUUUCGUCCAGUUGAAUGCCGUUCAUCGUGCAUGUUGUUUUAGAUGAUGAUUGAAAACCGUCCAGGAUAUGAUUGGACUCUUCAUGAUUUCUAGCAACAUUUAGCUUCAACUAAAAACGUAAACUCAUUUAAAAAAAUACAUAUAUAUAUAUAUACAUAUAUAUCUGUAUCUAUAUAUCUCUUUCUCUCUCUCUCUCUCUAUAUAUAUAUAUAUAUGUAUACAUUAUUAUUUAUUUUUUUUGCUGAUGUGAAUUGUCUGCUAUUGCUUUAUAACUUUGAACAUACAUUGCAUCCUGCAGUCCCUUAACGGAAAGCAAGGCAGCCUAUUAUCAUUGUUUUCAGUAGACUGAUGCUGUAUGCACUGAAACAUGUUUUCUUGGUUCAUACAUUGCACUUACUGACACAGGUGGUCUUCUGCCAUUUUUUUCACCCAUUGUUUCCUGUUUUUUUGAGGGGGUAAAGUCCAACAGAGCCGCACAGGAGGCCCAACUUUGUUCCAGCCCUCUGUGUCUCUUUCUCUACUGUAUUUAUUCUUUAAUGAUGAGUGUAAAAUGUUCUUAUGAAUGUGUGGGGGGGAGAUGAACAAAUUACGGAUUUGUUGUUGUGAAGUUAAGUUAGAUUUUUGUAUCUAAGCUUUGGCUGUUAUGAUGCUUCUGAUUGGUGGGGGUUGCAUUUAUAAACUCCUACCACUAGAUGGCGAGUGAUUAAACAGCCUCAGAGAUCAGCACUCUGAAGAAGAUGUUUUCAUUUCUGUAUUUUAAAAUUAACUUAAAUUAUUUCAGUUUUGAGAACCUGUUGAUUGUUUUUUGAUUUUGUUUUCCACUGCUUUUUGUUUUUUUGUAAAAUAAUACCUUUGUGUUUUUGGUAUAAAAGGGUGUUCAUGUUUGGAUGGAUGUCCUAUUUAAAAUUUAUUUUAACUCGGAGAUGCACAAGGAAGGUCUAAAACUAAUUACUCACAAACCUGUUUGAUUUGCCAUCUCCAUGUUUGAAAAAUAAUGAUAGGAAUUAUUAGAGAUUUCUUGACACUAUAACCAAUGUGCAUUUAAUUGAUGAAAAUAAAUCUUACAAGAUAAACUUUACAGUUCGGGUUUUUCCCUUGUUUCUGUGUACAAACUUGGUGAAUAAAGCUAAUAAAUUCUGGUUCUAAAUAAGAAUUUCAGUCAGUUAAAACAAAAAAAGUAAAAGUGAAAAAUAAUUGUUAGAAAAGCUCAGAGUAAAUCGUUUUCUCAUAUAAUCUGAUCAAUUUAAAUAAAUCUUGCUAAGGGAACAUGUUUUUAUGAUGCAUCUGUGUCCUGUAUGUCUCAUCCUGCUUUUUGCACAAUUUUUUGUCAUCCCUUAUGGUGUGGGCAGCAGGUUUCAACUGUUGCAGUGUGUUGAAGAGAUCUGUGAGGUGUGUAACACACACAUACACACAGAGAUGACCUCCUGCCCAUGCAAGGCUAGCUGUGCACACUCCGUAUUUAAGGAAAGGGAGAAUGAUGCUGUGCUGCAAAUGGAAGAAUGAUUAUUAAUAAAACUCUUUACAUUGUUCAGUUUG